AGUGAAGCCUACCGAUGACAGAUACUGACGGAAACUGACGACUAAACUAAAUCAGUGGUGCGCUAUAUUCACCCAUCGCGUUUUUUCAUUUUGAUCGCAUGAAAUCUGGUACCAGAUAUCAAUUCUUUUAGCGAAUAGCAAUUCAACAUUACUAUAUAGUUCAGGUGGUUCAGGUCGACUGCUAAAAGAUAUACCAGAUUAAACCAACGUUCUCGAAAAUGCAGGAUCCAAAUGAAAACACUGAGUGGAACGAUAUACUACGUUCCAAAGGAAUUAUUCCGCAAAAGGAGAAAGAAAUAACUGAAGAUGAUAUUAUUGGCAUGAUUGAAAACACAAUUGAGCUGAAGCAAAACGGUGACAAAGAUCUUACGAAGCUAGGUUUGGAUGAGCUUGAUGAACUUGAAGAUUCAGAAGACGAGGCAGUAUUACUCGAGUACCGCAAAAAAAGAAUAUCUGAAAUGAAAGCAAUGGCCCAAAGGGCAAAAUUUGGUUCCGUACUCGAAAUUUCGGGCCAGGAUUAUGUCGAGGAAGUGACCAAAGCUGGUUCCGGUGUGUACGUCGUACUGCAUCUCUACAGUCGCGGUGUUCCAUUCUGUGCAUUGAUCAAUCAACAUAUGUCACAGCUGGCACCGGCAUUCCCAGCAACAAAAUUCAUCCGAGCUAUAGCGACGACUUGUAUUCCAAACUAUCCGGAAAGAAAUCUCCCUACAAUUUUUGUAUACUACGAAGGAAUACUGAAAAAGCAGUUGGUGGGUCAAGUCGAGCUGGGUGGUCCUAACUUAACAUGUGACGAGUUUGAGUACUUGCUGGGACAGACAAAGGCAAUCGACAGUGGCAUCACGGAAGACCCUCGCAAAGCUAAAGCGGUCAAAGAUAAAAUGUUUGCCGAUCUUGCGGACAGUAAUGAUUGGUAAUUUGUUACAAACCAUCUGCCUGUUAAUUUAAUUUGUCACGCAAUAACAUGUAACCAAUAUUUAUAACCAUAAAAAAAAU